AUGGAAAGCAGCAACCUCACUUUGGUGACUGAGUUCAUCCUCCUUGGCCUCUCCAGCUGGCCUGAGCUCCAGGUGCACCUCUUCUUGCUCUUCCUCAUGAUCUACAUGAUGAUCUUGCUGGGGAACCUGCUCAUUGUGUUGCUGAUAUUGAGGGAUUCACGCCUCCACACACCUAUGUACUUCUUCCUCACUAAUUUAUCCAUUCUAGAAGUCUGUUACACAUCCUCUGUGUUUCCACAGAUGCUAGUACACUUCUUGGCAGAGAGAAAGUCCAUCUCCUACUCUUGCUGUGUCAUACAGGUCUACACAUUCCUGUCCUUUGGCAUUGCAGAGUGUUACAUCCUCUCAGUGAUGGCCUAUGAUCGCUAUGUUGCUAUUCGAGACCCCUUAAGAUACUCAGUCACCAUGAACUGGGGGAUUUGUGGGAUGUUGGCUGCUGGGUCAUGGUUAGGUGGCUUUAUGGCAUCCACAGUGGACACAGUUACCACAUUCCAGCUCUCAUUCUGCCAGGAUAAUGUUAUAGAUCAUUUCUUGUGUGAAAUGCCUGCCCUACUGCACCUCUCUUGUACUGACACAACCCAUGCAGAGUUGGUCAUGCAGAUCCUCUGUAUCUUUACUCUUUUGUGCCCUAUCACAUUCAUCAUUCUUUCUUAUGCACACAUCAUCAUUGCUGUCCUGAGAAUUCGCUCUGCCCAGGGACGCAGAAAAGCCUUCUCUACUUGUUCCUCUCAUCUUCUGGUUGUCACCCUAUUUUUUGGGACUGUAAUGUCUCUUUACAUGAAGCCUCAGUCUCUGUCCUCUCCAGAAUACAAUAAGAUUGUUUCUGUGUUUUAUGUGGUUUUCACACCUGCCCUCAACCCUCUCAUCUAUAGCCUGAGGAAUAAGGAGGUGAAAAUGGCCUUGAGAAAACUUUUGGGGAAACCUGAAGGUGCUUAA